AUGGAUGUUGUGGACCACGGCUAUUUGGACGCGCGCUCUCCCUACGACUACACUUUCAAUUUUUGGAACGACUACCUGGGCCUGUCGACACUUGUGGCCCCCAACAAGAUGCGCGGCUCCCCUUGCGGCCCCAACUCCAUCACGGAGUCGCUAAAAGCCACGCUGGGCUUGGACGACUGCGUGACGGCGCCGAGCAGAGAGCACCAGGACCGCUGCUCCUCGCUCUACGAGCUCCAGGAGCGGAUCUCGCUCCUCCGGCCGUGCGGGCAACUCGGGGCCGCGGACAGAGACGCGGCGGCGGCCGCCUACGGGGGGUUAGAGGCGCUCUCGGCGGAGCGGAGACGCAAGCAGGCCAAGCCGGAGCCCAAAGUGUGCGUGUUCUGUCGGAACAACGGCGCGCCGGAGGAGGUGUACGGCACGCACAUCUUGAAGACGGCGGACGGCCGGGUGCUGUGCCCCAUCCUGCGGGCCUACACCUGCCCGCUGUGCAGCGCCAACGGAGACAACGCGCACACCAUCAAGUACUGCCCGCUGUCCAGGGAGCCGCCUGGCGGGCACAGGCUGCUGGCCAGGGGGAGCAGACUGACUGGCAAGAGACUCAAAAUCUUCUCGUGAAGGAUGUCAUGUUUCCAUGUAUUUGUUUACAUUUCUUUUCUUGCAUAUGGAUCUAAUCCACCACUAGAAACGUCCAAUAGACAUAUGCUCACAUAACAGACAUUUUAUUCAGUCAAAGCGUUUUGAAUGAGGGUUGGAAUUAAGAUGUCAAACUAUAAGCUUGCUCAAAAAGGUUCACUAUGUCUUCUUCAAAAUGUUCUUGAAUCAGACCAUAUUUUGGGUGUAUUAGAUGGAAUCUUCACCUGACAUGUUUCGACUGUCUGCAGACAUCUAAUACACCCGUCUGAUUGAUUGAUUGAUUGAUUGAUUGAUUGAAACUUGUAUUAGUACAGUACAUAUUCCGUACAAUUGACCACUAAAUGUAAUAGUUUUUCAACUUGUUUAAGUCGGGGUCCACGUUAAUCAAUUCAUGGUACAAUUAUAUACUAUCAUCAUAAUACAGUCAUCAGAGUAUAUACAUUGGAAUUAUUUACAUUAUUUGGGUGGGAUGAGGAGGGUUUGGUUGAUAUCAGCGCUUCAGCAUACUUGCCAACCCUCCCGAAUUUUCCGGGAGACUCCCGAAAUUCAGCGCCUCUCCCCCGAAAACCUCCCCGGGACAAAUAUUCUCCCUGAAAAUCUCCCGAUUUUCAGCCGGAGGCCUCCAGCUCCAUGCGGACCUGAGUGAAGACAGCCUUUUUUCCACGACGGAAGAACUAAAUCAUCCAGACUAGAGAUAAAUUGUAUUAUUAUGUUUAUCUUACCUAAAAAUAAAUAUAUUUAUUAAUUAAAAAAAAGAAAGAAAAACUAAAUACAUUUUUACUAUAUUUUGCUAAAAACAUCAAAAUUAAUUGUAUUUUUUUCUGACUCAUUACA